UAGCUAAAUCAGAUGCUCAUCCUGGCUAGCGUGAUUGUGGCUAGCGCUGCUGUAGACUAGCCUUGUCCCACCAAUCUAAACAUAUUUACUGUAACGUUUGAGAUUUCCUGUCAGGCUAGCACAGUCAAAUCAAUCGACUGUUUCGAUGGCGGCUGUGAGGAGUAUGAACAAAAUGUAUGGAAUAUGUUUUCAUGCUGUUCGUCAGACGGCAGGACUGAAGGCAUCGAGGCUGCUGCAGCACAGAUCCUUCAGAGUGACCGCCGUGCAGCGGCAGCAGCCCUUUGACUCAUCACUGGAAAAGCCACAGUUCCCUGGAGCUUCAGCCGAGUUUGUGGAUAAUCUUGAGUUCAUCCAGCCCAAUGUCAUUUCUGGGAUCCCAAUAUACCGGGUGAUGGACAGGCAGGGCAAUAUCAUCAACCCCUCUCAAGACCCUCAGCUCUCCAAAGAGACAGUUCUGAAUUUUUAUCAGAAGAUGACUCUGCUGAACACAAUGGACCGCAUUCUCUAUGAGUCUCAGAGACAGGGUCGGAUCUCCUUCUACAUGACCAACUAUGGUGAGGAGGGCACGCAUAUUGGUAGUGUUGCUGCUCUUGACCCAAGUGACAUGGUCUUCGGUCAAUACAGGGAAGCAGGAGUGCUGAUGUACCGUGGUUUUCCUUUGGAUUUGUUCAUGGCUCAGUGCUACGCCAACGCCGAUGACCUCGGCAAGGGCCGGCAGAUGCCCGUCCACUAUGGCUCCAGAGACCUGAACUUUGUGACUAUCUCCUCCCCUCUGGCCACUCAGAUUCCCCAGGCGGCUGGAGCUGCGUAUGCGUUGAAGAAGGAGAAUAUGAACCGUGCUGUGAUCUGUUAUUUCGGAGAGGGGGCAGCCAGCGAAGGAGACGCACACGCCGGCUUCAACUUCUCUGCCACCCUCGAGUGCCCACUGAUAUUUUUCUGUCGCAACAACGGCUACGCCAUCUCCACCCCCACCAACGAGCAGUACAGAGGAGACGGCAUUGCUGCUCGAGGUCCGGGUUAUGGCAUGCUAUCGAUCCGUGUCGAUGGUAAUGAUGUGUUUGCUGUGUACAAUGCAACAAAGGAGGCACGUCGCAGAGCUGUGGCUGAGAACCAGCCUUUCCUCAUCGAGGCAAUGACCUACAGAAUUGGCCACCACAGCACCAGUGACGACAGCUCAGCUUACCGUUCCGUGGACGAGGUGAACUACUGGGACAAGCAGGACCAUCCCAUCUCCAGGCUGAGACACUACAUGACCGCCCGCGGCUGGUGGAGCGAGGACGACGAGAGGAGCUGGCGGAAGCAAUCCCGUAAGACGGUGAUGGAGGCCUUCGAGAGGGCCGAGAAACGCCUGAAGCCCAAUCCUGAACUGCUGUUUACUGAUGUGUACCAGGAGAUGACGCCCGGUCUGAACAAGCAGAGAGAAUCCAUGUGGAGGCACAUACAGCAGUAUAAAGAGCACUACCCACUUGACCUGUAUGAUAAAUAACUGCACUGACAGGAUGGAAUGAGUUGUGAUUUGGUUAAAAAAUGUGGAAGUGGGUGAGGAUUGAGACUGGGAUGAACUGUUCCACUCCUUUUACUGUAUUCCUUAAAAAAUAUAGUUUUGAUAUGAGGUGUCAUUUCAUAUUGGACAAGAGGGAGAGGAGAAAAAUGUUGCUUUAAAAAUAUUUUAUUUCAUGCCUCUGGGUUUGGUGCCUUAAGUUAAUAGAUUCACUGUCUGUACUAAAGCUCAAUAAGUGCUAAAUCACACUUGUUUCACAGUAACUCCAAGGUCACCAAUUUCGUGCCGUUUAUGCAUAAAAACAGAAACACAGAAGUUAAGCAAUAAACCGUGGAAGUCAAA